CUUUCUUGCUCUCUCCCUUUCUCUUUCAUUAUUUCUGUGAGACAGGUUCUCAGGAUGUACUCCAGGCCACCUGUGUAUCACUAUUUUUCCCAGGCUUGCCAUGAACUCUAGAUCCACCCUCCCCAGUCCCCUGAGUGCUAGGAUUACAGGUGUCCCACCACACACAGCUGCUAAGCUCCUUUUAUUCUUGCGUAAAAUAUUUAGGACAGUACUAUAAAUGUAGAACAUUUAAAUAUGACUUACAUAUUUACCACUCUCUAACCAUGAUUCAUGCUCUGUUUUUUCCUCAUUGCUGUUCCUGCCUUGACUUCCUGCCUCUUCGACCUCCUCUGCAGUUUUCCUGGAGUGAAGCAACACAUCUACACCCUGACUGUCUUCCUGUUUAGUUCUGUGGCCUGGGUACUGGGUAUCGCCCUAGUGAGCAGCAUAUCCUGGUGCAUGUGGGAAUUUGACAACCAAGUUGUUCCCAUUGCCUUCAUUGGCCUUUGGGAUGCUCAGUAUUAUGUCAGGCAAAACAACUCUGGCACAGUGGUUGAUGUGCCAGUAGAUGCCAGCAUCCACAGGGGGUGGACCCAGGCAACUGAGCUUGAUUAUGCAAAAGGUCUAAUGGUGUUGGUGGAUUUUAUGCAGCCAGCAUCCCUAAUUCUCAGCACAGUGGCCUUCCUAGUAAGCAGGCUGAAGCCCACCUACUCAGAAUUCCUCUCUAGCUGUGUGGCUCUGGCUGUGAGCUGGAACUAUGCCAAUAAUAUUUCUGGCCAAAGGAUCCUUGAUUUCCCAUUAGAGUUUACUGUGGACAAAGAGUCUGGACUUCUAUGUGUUUCCACUAGAGAUAGUCACUGCCAUUCUGUCCCUCCUCAGUGGCAUCCUAUGCUUUGGAGCCAUGAGCUUCACAAAGCCCAAGUCAAUAGCAGCGGCAGAUAUGACCUAAAGAAAGCUCAGAACUGGGAGCUGGGAUGUGUGAGAAGGCCUGAGCACAGGGUGCUUGAGGAAAUUGCCACCUAG